CUGACCGGCAGCCUCCGGUUCCAGACCAGCCCAGCGAUGAGGCCGUUGCAAAGAGCGUAAAAUGCGAUGGAUGCAGCCGCCUCUAGAGCGAACCCUGGCCGAAGGACGCUGCUCGUGUGAGAGGAAAUCACGUGCAGAGAAGUGCAUGGGAUUUGUUUACUGCGGCGCCGGGAAGAUGUGAGCUCCGGGUCUGCCUCGCAUGCUAAACGGGCUGCAUCGUCCCGCUUGCAGUUUUGCAGAAGGAGAUGUAAAGAGGGGGGAAAGACAAGGCAACGGGCCUAUGAUGGGGCCGGGAAUUCGGGAUUACCCCUCCUUGCUGCAUAGAGGAAGCUCGCGAAGGGAAGCUCUGGCCCAUGAAAUCCACAAAGGACAAGGAAUGGUAACUUCCAGUGGUGGAAAGAGCCAUUCAAGCACCAAAGAACUGAAGAAACCAUCGCCCCACGUGAGACCGUCUCCCAGCAGAUUAAAUAAAAACAUUUCAGCUGCCACCGAAAAGACUUCCAAUCAUGCCUCAGGCAACGACCAGGCAACUGCCCUCCACAAAGAACAGAACCGGCUUUGGGAUGCUCACCAGAAAAACAGAACCACAAAUGUUUGCCCUUCUUCACAUAGAUCACCAAGGUCACAGAGUGUGGUAAAAAAGCAGUAUGAAUCUGGAUACUGCAAAAUCCCUUCUGCGUUUAAGGAUGUCUCUUGCAGUGGUUCCAGUAAGUCAGAAGAGAUGCUGAUUCAGAGUUUUUACUGCAAAAAACCUGCCAGGUUAGAAAGGGACUCUGGAAGGCAUGUGGACGAAGCAGGCCCCUGCAGUUCGGUCUCCCAGGGUGCCUCUGCUGACGCAAUGUUCCUCGACUUCUCAUCUAUUCGAAUUAUGAAAGAGGAUUCUGACGAGGACAGCGCCAGCGACCUUUCUGACUCGGAGAGAAUUCCCAUUCCUCCUUCCCCUUGCACACCACCAGAGCUCAACCUCCGAGCUGAGGAAAUUGACCCCCUUUGUUUUGAACACCUCUCUGACGCAAAAUAUAAACCAUCUGACUACUUUUACCCGGACUUCCUCCCACACCCUUUCAACACCUGGGACUUGAAAGGGCUGGCAGCGUUCGUGAACACUGAGUGCAAGUCGGAAGUGCGUCCGCCUCCGACGGGUAGUCUCGAGAAGUAUAUCAACCGGCUUUUGGAGCUUGAAUGGCUGCAGAUGCAGACGAUACAAGCUGAAAAGGGGAAGGCAGCCAAAGCUCGACCUCAGACUGCGCCCAGUGUCCUCCGAACCUUGAAAAGCCCAGGAAAAAGUAAAUCGUUGCACGCUCUCUUGCCAAACAAAAAUUUAACGGCCCACGAAAGCUUUUCAAGGCUCCCAAGCAACCAGCCUGGUCCCAGAAGAGAGUUGCACAGUGAAGGAGCCAGCCAGGUGGUUUCUUGUCAGGGUCAUUCGAGAACAACGUGUGGCCCCUCAGCCCCUCAAAGACAGUCCUCUGAGGGAAAAAGCAGUGAGGUGAAAAAGCGGCCUAGUGCCAAGGGGCAGCUUUGCAGCACUCAUCGCUCAGGCAGCAGCUCCAUGAUCCAAGGGCCUGGCAACGUUAGGCCACCCAAGCAGUCGUCUUCACUCCACGGUUCUACACUUCCCCUCAAGGGUCUACCAGCUUACACAUGCAUGAAUCCCAAGAAGAACGUAAACAACAAUAGUUAUGUCCCAUCCCAAAAAGUUCCAACAGACAAGAAGCUAAAAGCAAAUGGUGUGAAGUCAAUGCCGUGUAAAUUUAAAUGAGGCCAUGGUAGAGUUUCUUGGAUACUCUUGUGGUGGCCCAAAGCCGGAGCAGUGGUUCAUAAAGUAUGAGGCAGGCCAUCGUAGUGAGACGUAUCCGCCUCGUUGUCCCUCCCACUGUGUGUUGUGAUUGGGCUGCUGACCCUUACAUGUAUUCUGUGAUUGGGCCAGGAGACCUGAUUCACCCCUUUCCAGUCCAUGCAACUCAGAAAACUAACAGUGCCAUCCUAAGCAGCGUUACUCCCUUCUAAGCCAGUUGACGUCAACUGACUUAGAAGCAUGUAACUCUGCCUAGGAUGGCACGGCUAGGGACCCGUCACUUGCUUUGAUUUUCACCUCAGGGGCUUUCUGAAUUCCCCGGUUGCCCUCCAGAGGCAUAUCAAAAUAUGUUCAGAACCCACGCGGUGCAGUUGUGUUCCUUUUUACUUUGAAUACCCAACCUUAUAAUGAAUAGAGAGGCAAUGGCCUCUCUUCAUUUCUUUUUGUAUUUCUUUCUGAGCUUUUAAGACCCGUUUUUAAAGAGGAAAUAUCCCCCCAAACUCAGAAAUAAAUCUCCCAUGGUUACUUUUAAACACAUUCUCAUAUGGCAAAAUUGAGACUUGUCCAUCUGAAAGUUGGUUUCACCAGAUCUUUCCCAUGACUGCAUCUCAAGUUUCGGCAUAUUUAUAAAGCCUCGUUCACUCCUGUGAAUUACGGGGAUUCUAUGUUUCCUUGUCCGCUGAUGGUGGUGACUUGUUCUCUGUUAUGCUUGGAAGGAUUUGAUAGUUACAUUGUUAGGGGAUUUUCAGCUGAGAUGCUCCAGAUGAGAGCCUUCGGUUUGGGGGGCAGGUCCUUGAGGAGGAAGGAGAGGACUGUGGUGGUACCCAACUCGUUUAGUAGACGGAAAAGCUUUGGUGCAAGUUGCAUGAAAUGGCAGGGUCUUUGGAGACUCGCAUCACCACUCCACCAAUUUAUUUUUUUAUAUCCCUGUACGUUUUAGGCAGAUCACAACCAGUUCAUUAAAACGCCAGCCAGCUUGCAGCAAAGCUUUGUUAUUUGUAAAACUGUCAUAGCGCUUAUCUGCUAAAACUUAAUCUUCUGGCCCGCUGAUGGGCGGAUAUGCUCAGUGGAGAAGAUGGGCAAGUAUGUAAAGAACUAGGAGGAGAAGAAGAAGUUACAAAAUGUGGGGGGAAUGAAGUAAGCAACGCUGAGUUAUGGCUGAAUAAACACAACUUGCAUGGAUAAUACUUUGCGUGUGAAGGAUAGUUCACGAGCCAGAUACAGAACCUGGACCACAUCUGAAAUCAAUCUAAGUGCCCCAAAGAUUUUGGAGUAUAAUUUCCAAGGGUUAGGGAUACAAAUAAGGGGCAGAGAGGCAUCAGGGCUUUAUCACAUAGUGCCCGAAUCACAUGGGGACAUAUGCUGUAUAGAUUUGGACUUAACAGUGACUUAUUUUAAGUUACGGGAGAAGGCCAGGCUGCCCUCACAGGAAAGCCCAUACCAGGAUUGCUCAUGUUACAUGCUCCAGAAGUCGUGAUUGUAUGUGGCUCAUAUUUUUGGGGAUUUUUUUACUGGCAGAAACUAUUUUCUCUACAACAGAGUCUUCCAAGGUUAUCAGUUUUCUAACAUGACCGGGAGUUUGAAGAAAAUGCGUGUUCCUCAUCUGAGUUUGCUUUGAAGGAUUUACUGCUGAAAUGUGUAAAUAAGCAGAAUUUGAUUAAAUCUUUUGCCUGUUUUAAUGGCCCUUUUAGAAUUCCUGCCAUAUUUUUGGUGAUGAUGUAUUUUCAUGGUGAAGUCU